AUGGUUUCCACUCAGGACGCGGCCUCUGCGAGGUCUUCUCUCGUUGCGGCUCCGAGCGAGGGUGGCCGCAGUGCACACGACGAGCAGCCGUCGCCGAGUUCUGCGGGGCUUGGGUCCGGCGCGCCGCACGCGCACCCUGGGAAUGACCAGGAAAGCGCAGCUUGGCGAGAAACCAGAGACGCAGUGGGAGCGAGCAGCUCAAGCAGCGGGUGUACAGACACUGCUGGCGCCUCGCGAGGCGCGCCGGCGAUUCCAGUUCCCGUUCGCCGGACCUACCUGGACGAAGUCCCUGAAGACCUAAAGUGCCCCAUUUGCUUCGACAGUGCAGUCAGCUGCCGCACGCCCUGUGCACACUUCUUCUGCUACACGUGCAUCAACAGCCACAUUAACAAUCGCCUCAGACAGCAACAAGCCGUGAACUGCCCGCUGUGUCGCACAGCCGUCAGCGCCACGAACCUGAUGAGCAUUGGAGGAGACAAAGUUGCGAGGGUUCGGGCCUUGCGGGUCGUGUGCGUCGGCGCAGUGAGUGGCUGCAACGUCUCCGGGACGCUCGAGCAAGUGGAAGCCCACGAGAACGUGUGCCCGCAUGUCCUCGUCUUCUGCUCCUUUCGAGACCGCGGAUGCAUUGCGCCUCUCAUCAGACGGGAGGCCCCCGUCCACGAAAAGCGCUGUCGAUUCAACCCACGUGUCCGAGCCUGUCGCCACAAUAUGUCCGGGUGCAAAGUGCGAGGCACCGAAGAACUUCUGCUGCUCCACGAACGCCGAUGCAGAUACAGGAACAUGGAGAAGUUCGUCCGUUGCCCACACUUUGAGUCUGCUGGCUGUGGCUUGCUGAUCAAGAAGAAGUACCGAGAACGUCACGCAGAGUGUUGCGCGUUCAAAAUUGUAAGGGACAUAGAGCAACGCGCUACUUCUUCCGCCGUCUCAGACGCGGAGGAGGGCGUGGAGCCGCUCAGUGAAGAGGACAGAGAGCGGCGCCUGGAGAAGCGCCGUCGCUCGUCCGGACGAGGGAGAGAAGAAGAGAGCGGGCUCUCUCCCGUUGAAGAGGGCGAGCGAAAGAAGCAGCGCGUUGGCUCGGAGCCGCAAGCGGGGCACGGAGACGCGGGCGAGGCCAGCAGUGGAGGGGCCGAAAGUGCGGCGCAGGCUGCCGACGAGGCGUCCGGACAACAGGAUGGAAACGCGAACUCCGAGCUCCAUUCCUUCCGCAUUUCCUUUGAAUGGAGAAAUCAAGAAAAAGCGAUUUCCUACGAGGAUCUUCGCGAGCAACUUCGACCCUUCCUCCCGAACGUUGCUUCUGUGGAAGCCGGCAGAACCUUUGGCGAGUUCCACGCCAUCAUUGAAAAGGUCCCCGUGACGACGCUUCGAGCUGUGGGGAUGGCCGGCGACCCUCAAAUCAGCUGCAGUCUGUUUGAUUUGAAUCUGCGCCUCAAGGGAAUAACAACAGUGCAAGAAGGCCUCUGGUGA